UGAGUAGUUAUUGCUGUCUCUCCUACUUAUUCCCACCACUAUCAUCAACAUUUCAUGUCCCCAGUUUUCAUCUAUAUAAGUUCAUCCAAAUAGGCCUAACAACAAGUCUUUGUGAGUUUGGAAUAAAUUCAUACUUCUUUGUUAGGGGUGUGAGGUGUGUGUGAUUUUCUUGAUCAAGUAUGCCUACUAUGGAGCAGAAACAAAUCAUCGAGGACUAUAACAAUCACGACCAUGAUUCGUAUAAGGGGGUUGGUGUUCAUAGCCAAGUCAGGAAAAUAAAGCAAGAGAUGGAGAAGAAGGUGCUGCAGCAGCCCGAGACGAGGCCGGCCCUCCGCGAGAUCACCCGCCAGCACCACCGGUCCCGGUCGCCGUUAGGUUUGGCCGAGAGGCCGAUAUCUGUUGGGAACUAGCUAUAAUUAUAUAUAUAGAUGUAGGUAUGGAUGAUAAUCUUCUAUCUAUAUGGAUGGGUUAGGUUUAUGGCAUGUCUGCUCCGGCAUGAGGGAGUUUUCUUGUUUCUCUUUUUCUGUCUUCAGAUGUACAUAUUUGAUGUAUAGUUUAUUAGUUAUAUGAAGAGGACCUUCUGUUUUCUCUUCUUGAUUAGUUUUGUUGUUUUUUCAUUUCUUUUUGUUGCGUAGACACUGAUUUCAAAGGUUCGGAUCAAUUAAAACUCCAGGACCAGGAAGAUAUAGGAAGUAAUUGUUUCUUCCUUUUUCUUAAUUUUUUUAUUUUUUGCCUAUCGCUGGAACGUAGAUCAGAUCUAGGCUAGAAUUUUUUGUUUCUCUUGCUUUUCUCGAUUUUGUAUAAGGGUAGUAUGAAACCGACAGCCGUGUUCUCUUCCAAGAUCGGGCUUGUAUUCCACUUCAUAUAUAUACAUGUUAUACGUAUAGAAUUCACUUCAA